UUAAUGAAUUCUGCGAUAUUAGUAAAAAUUUUAUAAUAUAUAGUUUCGACCAAUAAAACGCAAGAGUUCAGAUUUGGACUAAUUUUAAUUAUCUAUUGUUUUUCAUGGGAUGAAUGCGAUCACAUGACUAAUCACAUUUGUAUAAAAAAUACGCACAUUGUUUUAUUUCUAAUAGCUUCAUUAAUUACUAGAAAAAUCUGUCAAUGCUAGGUAAAGGUGGUUUACCAUACUAUUAUCUUUUACAUGCAUGCCGUCUACAGAAUUAUUUGCAGACGUGUAGUAUUAUUUGAUCAUGUUUAGUUGUGGUUAGUCGUUAGUCAAAACGGAUAACGGAGAAGGAGAAUGUCCAAUGAUGAAUAAUGAUUCUAAGCUCAUCUAAUACGUUAAGAGAGCACACUUUUCCAAACAUUGUAAGAUUUAUAACAGUAAACAUGAAUGCAAAUGAUAGUGAACAAACGGAGCAAUAUGAACCUUCUAUUAAGAAUAUAAUAGAACAACGAUCUUUACGAUGGAUUUUUGUCGGUGGUAAAGGUGGAGUUGGGAAAACAACAUGCAGUUGUUCUCUUGCCGUUCAAUUGUCAAAAGUAAGAGAAAAUGUUCUUAUUAUCUCUACAGAUCCAGCUCAUAAUAUCUCUGAUGCCUUUGAUCAGAAAUUUAGUAAAGUACCUACCAAAGUUAAAGGUUUCAAUAACUUAUUUGCAAUGGAAAUUGAUCCAAAUGUAGGUAUUACCGAAUUACCUGAAGAAUACUUUGAUAACGAAGCAGGUGGAGAAGCAAUGAGGUUGAGUAAAAGUGUUAUGCAAGAAAUUGUUGGUGCAUUUCCUGGUAUAGACGAAGCAAUGAGUUAUGCUGAGGUCAUGAAAUUGGUAAAAGGAAUGAACUUCUCUGUAGUAGUAUUCGAUACUGCACCUACUGGUCAUACCUUAAGAUUACUGUCAUUUCCUCAAGUGGUUGAAAAGGGAUUAGGAAAACUGUUGCUUUUAAAAAUGAAAAUUGGUCCUUUCAUUAAACAGCUUAGUUCUUUAUUGGGGAUCACUGAUUUCAAUAUGGAUACUUUUUCAAAUAAAAUGGAAGAAAUGUUAACAGUUAUUCGUCAAGUCAAUGAACAAUUUAGAAAUCCGGAACAAACUACAUUUGUUUGUGUGUGUAUAGCUGAAUUUUUGUCACUUUAUGAGACAGAAAGACUUGUACAAGAAUUAACAAAAUGUGGUAUAGAUACACACAACAUUAUAGUAAAUCAACUUCUUUUCCUAAAGGAAGGUGAUGUUCCCUGUAGACUUUGUCUUGCCCGGCACAGAAUUCAAGAUAAAUAUUUGGAACAGAUUAUGGAUCUUUAUGAAGAUUUUCAUGUUACACGUCUACCUUUAUUAGAAAGAGAAGUCCGUGGUGUACACCAAGUUAAAGAAUUUUCUGAAAACCUUAUCAAACCAUAUAAGCCUUAACACAAAUGUAAUUAAUGGGAUUAUAAUACACAUAAUCAGACAUAUAAUCAGAAAAUUUGACAAUUUAGAUCUCAUAAUGCAAAAAUUUGUAUAAAAAUUUAUUUCUUAUAUUUCCAUUAUUCAUAUUAUAAUAAUCUGAUAAAUUCAUUCUUUGUUGCUUCUUGUAAUAAAUCCUACGUAUAAACGUAGCAGUUAAUAGAUAUGUAAGAGCUUUUGUGCAUUCUCUAUUAUUUGCGUGAGGUGUGUCUUAUGAAUAAAUAUAUACAUUUUGUAAGAAAUAAUGCGUUUAUUACAAAUAUAUAGUUUAUAAGACAAAUAGUUUGAAGACAUCUAA